AUGGCCGGAAUCCUGUUACAGUGCGUCGUCGUGGCAGUUUUCGCAUUCGGGGUCUGCUGGGGACUCCCGAAUCAAUCCAGAUGGGCAAGAACCGAGGCGUUGGAUUCGAAGGGACAAGUGAGGUUGCACUGGACGCCGAGGAUCACCAAAGGAGACAUCCAGUUCCUAUUCGUUGCUCCAAGCACGGGAUGGGUUGGAGUGGGUUUCUCCCCUAACGGCGGGAUGAUAGGGGCCGACAUGGUCAUUGGAGGAAUCAGGAACGGAUCCCCCUAUUUCCGCGAUUGCCAUUCCGUGGGGAACACCCUUCCUGACGUGGACAUUCAGCAGGAUUACGAAUUGGUUCGCGCCAUGGAGAAUGGGACCCACACCUGGCUUCACUUCUCUCGCAAGAUCAAUACCACAGAUUUGUUACAGGAUUAUCAAAUCACGAACGAGGCAGUGGACAUCAUCUGGGCAUACGGGGAAAGAGACCCUAGGAUCGGGGAGGAACCUGCCUAUCACGCGCUCAACCGAGGGGAACGCAGCCUGUCCAUCCUCGAUGCCAUCGUCGACGUCGGCCAAGAGGAAGCCUCGGCGGAUCCAUCGAAGAACGGAACGGAGAUUUGAUCGGAUGCGGACGUCCGCAUUCCUCAAGAGGUUCUUCUCGUCGCUUUCGACGAAGAAAAGGCAUACACUUCAUCACCAAUGAAAAUAUGAAGAAAAAAAAGUUUGUAUCACUUGUUUAUCUUCUUCAUGAAUUGUGACCAACCCUCGCUGUGCGCUUGAGUUGACCGAUUCCUUUGCCCUUCAUUCUUGAGAAGUCGCACUUUCCGAUGAA